UUUGUAAAUGUUAAAGCUAAGUACAGCCCCCUGCUCCAGGAUAUUACCUCUUACCCUGGGGACAGAAUGCUGGCAAAGCCUUUUUUACCCCAUGGAAAGCACUUUUAAGACUGUCAAUCUUGGAAAACUUAUUCAUUGCAGCAACCUGGAUGUAAUUCAUAACUUUACUCUUUUACCAGUCUACUUUGGUUUAACUCACGCAUAAGAACUUCUGGUUUUAGCACACAGCCACAGAAGAACUUGGAAUCUGCUAAAACGUCACAAAGAAAGUAUUCUCCACAGUCAACACACGAGCAGACCUCCAUCAGCUCAGUGCAAGCCAAGCACAUUGCUCUGUGAGAAAAUGAAGACUUUGCAGGCUGCUUUUUUCCUGGUGGCGUUUGUACCUCUGGUGAAGCCAGCACCAACAAUACAGCAAGAUUCCUCCAAGUUUAAUGACUAUGAGACAGACAUUGCCAUGGGAAGCCUGAUCCAACAGGAUUAUGAAAUGCUGUCCAAGGAUAUAAUAAAGGAUGGAACAAAUGUUUCUCUUGACACUGGCCUGAGACUGCAAGGAGAUGACAGCCAACUGAGUGCCAGACCCACAAAGGAUACGAAUCUGCCUACCUGCCUGCUCUGCGUGUGUUUAAGCGGCUCGGUGUACUGCGAGGAAAUCGAUAUUGAAGCUGUUCCCCCACUGCCCAAGGAAACCGCGUACCUUUAUGCACGAUUUAAUAAAAUCAAGAGGAUAGCUGUCUCAGAUUUUGCUGACAUUACUACUUUGAGAAGAAUUGAUUUCAGUGGGAAUAUGAUAGAAGAAAUAGAAGAUGGAGCCUUUUCAAAGCUCUUGUUAUUGGAAGAACUUUCUCUUGCUGAAAACCGACUUGUGAAACUUCCAGUUCUACCUCCCAAACUGACAACGUUUAAUGCGAACCAAAACAGAAUCAAAAGCAGAGGAAUCAAAAACAAUGCUUUCAAGAAACUGACAAAUCUGGCCUACCUCUACUUAGGACAUAAUGCACUGGAAUCCGUUCCCCUUAACCUACCAGAAAGCCUGCGCAUUCUGCACCUUCAGCACAACAACAUCACUACAAUCAAUGACGACACUUUCUGCAAGUCUAAUAACACACGGUACAUCCGCACACGUAUGGAUGAGAUAAGGAUGGAAGGAAAUCCAAUCCUCCUGGCAAAGCAUGUCAAUGCUUUCUCCUGCUUGAGAACGCUGCCUGUAGGAACAUACUACUAGCUACUACUUACACGUGCCAAAACUCAAUCAUGGUAACAAACGAUCAUUCUUAUUACUGUUUACAUGUUUAUAUUUUCUCCAUGCUAAAGCAAUUUUCCCUGUUGAAAUGAGGGUCUCCUCUGACAAUUAUUUCAAAGCAGCCAUUCUAUUUAGGAGUUGCAAUGCCACCCAAACUUCAGAAUCCUUUGUUAAUCAAAGUGUAAAAGUACAUAAGUGCACAUACAUAUAUUUCCAACUUGCAAUUCAGCAGUUACUCGUUACACGCAGCUAAAAUCCUGCAAGUGCUGCUUCACAUUCUUCACCAGUUCCCAGAAAAAAAAAAAAUCACGAUAUUUUACUUUGAUAAGCCAAAACAUUUCUUGAGUAAGCUAAAUUUUUACUCCAGUCAAAUUUGUUUGGGCCUGGAAUUAAACUAUUUCGGUUAAAACUCCAAAAUUGCAUGGAAAAAAAAACACAUGUGAAAGAUAAUUAUGUCUAGAGACAGAAUGUCUUCAAGUUCAACUUCACUGAAGUUUCCUUAAAAACUUAUGGAAAAGGUGAAGAAUUUUUUCAGGCUUAGUGUACCAAGCAACAAAGCGAAUGGAACAUUUCAAGUAUGCAUCAAAUCUUCUUUUAAUAUUUUCCUUUCAAAAUAAUCCAAAUGCCAUUAUAUAUUACAAUUGAAUGUAUCCGUAUAAACACAUUCAACUGUAUAUGUUACAUAUAAAUGUUUUCUACACGUUAUAUUUUUGAUUUAAAUAUAUAAUAUAUAGACACUUCGUUCAGCUGUGCUCAUAGGAGUCAUUCUUGCCACUUCAGCUUUCCCAGUUUAAUACAACCAUCAGCAUACAGCAGGCUAUGACUCAAGCACUUGUUUUUUCCUUUUUAUGAAGACGUGACAUUGACUGAGCCUUCUUCCACUGCUUUGUCUUGACAGGAAAUGUGACAAUAAAGUUAACAAGAAAUUGAAUUAAUGCUCUUACCUGUAAAUGAGCAGAUUUUCAACUAGAAGUCAGAUCAAAGAAACAAAUACCCUUGCACCCAAUAUUUUCGCAAUGUACAGAAGCAUAACAUUAUAUCUUUAAAACUAAAAUUUUAACAUAACACUAUUCUAAGUGUUAUCCUCAAACGAGGUAAACAAAUAUUAUUAUCUCCUCAAAUACCAGCCACAAGCUUAAAUGCUUUUAACUGACAAAUGCAAAAAAGUGCUAAUUACCAUUACUAAGCCAACAUCAUACUAACCUUGAAGCUAGUGUAGAUUCCUGAUUUGUAGAAAUAGUUAAGCACAAAUGCAUGAUAACGUAUCACUACCACCACAAUCAGUAUUGAUUUUAUAAGAUAUUUGUAUUAAUUAUGUCUAUUUAGCUAAACCUUGAUUUGUUAGUGCUUGUGCUCUAGACAGUUAGUACUAAAUUUGAGCUGAAUUCUGAACAUACUGAUGCUCUGACACUAAGAGUGCUGAGAUCCAGGUGACUGUCAAGCACCAACUGUGGGUGCACCUUUCUUGAAAGAGGAUGCAAUUAUGAAAAUCAAGACAAAAUAUUUUCACCCUGGACCAGUCAAGAAGGACAAAGCAGUCCUCAUCUCUUCCAUUUAAAUGUUUUAAUAUAACCAGAAAGAAAUUCCAUUGUUUUAAUGUAUCUGAGAACAAAACCAAGUCCUACGGUGCUUGUUGUUCAUUUUUUCCAUGUGAAUCUUGAAACUUUUAUGUCUCCAGGCACUUAGGGAAAGAUAAACUACUGCAGAGCAUAUCAAAAUACGUUCCAAAUCCAAUCCAAAUUUGUAUCAGGAAAGAAAUGAAAGCCACAAGUUGUUUCAUCUCUAUUUGCUAAAUAAAAUAUAGAAAACAUAGUUAGAAGUAUGAUAACAUUACAUAAACAGUGGUCUCAGAUCUGAUUCUACUACACAAAGCCCUCUCCAGUAUUAAUGGGAUCAAUAAACACCCCAAGUGUUUCAGGUUCCCUAUGAAAACAUCAUGCACACAAAUAUAUACACGUUUCUGUUAUGUACACAUGCAUGCAAACACACUAAGAUCUAACCACUACCACAUCACAAAUUUCAUAGGAAGUUGUUGUAUAUAUUUUUGAAAAAGUACUAAAUAUCAACAUUAAUUUAAUGCUUUUAAUAUUCUGCAAGCAAAACACAGAUAACUGGUAUAUUCUGUGAGCCCCAUGCAGCCAGUAAAUACUCAUGUGUUUUAAUUUCCUUUCCUCAUUCACAGCAAGUUAACUCAUUAAAACAUUAAGUGAAAGAGCUUCAGUAUGUUUUUUUCCCCUUCUGUUUUUCUGAUCUUGAUUAGCAUUAAGCUGAAUGUACACCAUUCUAUUCCCCCCCCCCAUUUCUAUUCUGUAUUUUCAAUAAACUUGAACUUCCUUCUUGUUAAUCAA